UUCAACGCGAGUUCCAGUUUAGUGUCCAUUGCGGCCUUAGUUUAAGUAUUAGUUUAUAUAUAUUUCUAUAUAUAUUCUAAUAACAACUUUUUACAACCGGCGUGAAAGUUUGUGGUAGUGAAAUUAUUCAGUGCAAUUCAGAAAUGUUUUUCGAGAAAUGAAAGUGAUAGUAUUACUACAGCCUACCAAAAUGUCAGGAAUGACUUACAAAAUUCAUUAGAAGAACGAAAAUAUAAAAUAUUAAUUUUUUUAUUAAUAUUAUUUGAUUUUCAACGAAAUUCAUACAAUGAAAUCAUUUGAUUGCGAAUCAUCUUCAGAAGGUGAUGAAUCGACUAUGCACGCCAUCUCGCGCGACGUAGUUGAACAUCCUCAAUGGUUGAGAAGCAGUAAUCCUCCUAGUUGGGCUUGGCAGGCAGCUAGUAGCUCAGUGGCUGGUUCUAGUACAACUACUUUAGAUCAAGUAAAUUUUUCACAAUUUCCUCCUAAUACUGAAGAAAAUCAACAAAUUCCCGGUAGGCGUACACCUUUAAGUACAGUCGGAUUGGGAGGUUUCUAUUUUCAAGGUUGCCAAACCAAUCCGAAUAUAGUUAGCCAUGGACCGCCUUCGGAUGAAAAUAAUCCCGAUCCCGGAUGUUCGAAUCAAGUACAAAGAUAUCAAGAAUCUCGGCUACAAAAUUCCCAACAAGCUUCGUCUUCAAAAGGGAAAAAUAGACAAGGAAAAGCGGUUCGUUUGAAUAUAAAUGCGAGAGAGAGAAGGAGGAUGCAUGAUUUAAAUGAUGCUUUGGAUGAAUUGAGAUCUGUUAUUCCGUACGCUCAUUCGCCUUCGGUGAGGAAACUGUCGAAAAUUGCGACAUUGUUAUUAGCGAAAAAUUAUAUAUUGAUGCAAGCCAAUGCUCUAGAAGAAAUGAAAAGGAUAAUUUCAUAUUUACAGGGAACUGCAGGUGCGGCAGUCGGAGCGGCUAUAGUAACGCCACCUACAUUCGAUUUACAAGGUUUCCCAGCUGCUGCUAAAUUCCUUCAACAGCAAUCUCUUCAGACUGAAAAUAGUAGAGCGGACGAUCGAGCAGGUGGCGCUGGUUCGUCUAUUUAGAUAAAUCGAUCCAUUUCGACAUAUUAAUAUACGAGGUAUAAUGAUUAUAUUACUUUUAUACAAGUAAAAGUUAUAACCAAAAAACCUAUCCGAAUAUUUGAUUUCUAGUCAUUUUUUUUAAAUUUUUUUUGAGUGAUUUAAGCUCGACGUGUGAUUUGUAUAGUAAAUAAAAGCAAUAUUAUAAACAAUUAGCAAUACAUUGUUUGAUCAUUAAUUGAAGCUAGUCAAUUAGAUUAUAAUUAAUAUUUUAAUCCUAUAAUUCAUUUGAAAUAUGUAAAAAAACAUUUAGUAAUAAAUUGUGUUAAAUAAU